GCGCGGGGUCGACGGGGGGAGGAAACGAGCAAGGGGGAAAGCGCGAAGUACGCCUUCCUGUCAUCAGCGAUCGGCUCCCGCGAUCGGCUCCCGCGAUCGCCGAACGCUUCUCUGGCGCGGUUUCUCAGCGUGCUCUCUCUCUCUCUCUCUCUCUCUCUCUCUCUCUCUCUGUGUCUCGGCUUUUGUCUCUUUCCUCCCCUCCUAUUCCUACUCCCCGCCACGAAGAACCGCCAACGACAAAAUAGACAGUAGACAGCCACCCCUCUCGUCUGCGGUGCCGGUGUCUCGUUUCCCGCGCUCUCGUUUUGCGCAAAAUCGGCCACGUGUUGCAAGGUGAGGACGGCGCCUGAGUGGGACUGGGCGUGCUGGCAUCUCCCUCCGCGCCGAGUGGUGGGUAUUCCGCGGGCGUCCGCCCGCUGGCUGCCGUGGCAAUCCUGCGACGAUGCAGUCCUGCGCCACGCAAGCUGUUGUCGGCGGCCGCGCGACUCUUUUGGCGCCAAUCUGUGAUGAGGUAGGACGUUCGCGCCAAGAUGCAGUGCUCCGACGGCCGGACGCGGCGGCGGGCGGAACGACGCCGCCGCAGAUCGGCGGCGCGUACGCGCGGCAGAGCGGAUCUUCGUCUCAUGACGAUCGGUGUGGCUUCGAUUCGCAUGCUUGCAGAAGCGGGAAGCUGAUGCGAAUGCCACGAGGCCGUGUCCAGCUCACUUGUCAACGCCAGGUCAGCACUCCGCAGGCGGCUCGUAGAAUUCUGCGAUUGAAUCACAAUGCUGCGCGGCGCUCUGAUGAGGUGGCAGCGGGAGGGGCGUUGAUGGGCGGCGGCUUGCGCGAGAGAUUGGCGGGAUCCGGGUUCGAGAUGACGAGCGUGGUGUGCGGAGAAGCGGGAACGAAGGCCUUGGGCGGGGGCGGAGGAGAGCAGCAGGCGGUUGGCCUGCCGCCACUUGGCGCGCUUCCGCCGCCGCCAACAACUCUGCAACGUUGCAUUCAUUGCGCGCCGCUCGUUUGCGCGGCUACCACCUCCGGCGAAACGAGCGCGCGGGACUUGUUGUGCCCGUCGUUCGGUAGAGUGGCCCGCCGCCUGUCGCCUUACGGCGGCAGCGCUACUUUCACCCGCACCCGCUUCCCGCGCAACUGCGCCUCGUCGGAAAUCGCCGGAAGUCGAAGCUGGACACGUGCGGGAUCCACACGUAAUCCGAUCACGUGCUGGUCGGGAUCUUGGUACUGGCAGCAGCAAUCGGGACGUGGGGGAAGGCGUCUGAUGUCGGUGGGGGCGUCUUCUUCCUCCUCAGCGGCGUCAUCAUCGCCUUCGCCUUCGCCAUCGCCAGAUGAGAGAAGGCGCCGUCGAAGAGCGGUAGAGGUGGAGGAGGAUAUGGAGGACGAUCUAUUUGGCUUCUUGGUUAGGAUGUAUGGGAAAGUUGUGGCUUUCCUGUCUAAGCAGGGUGGAGAACUCAGGCAAAUUGAAUGGCCUUCAGCAUCAGAGACGUUCAAGCUCACAGCCCUUACCUUUGUUGUAGUGUUCCUGCUUAUAGUCUUUCUGUCCACCGUCGACUCUGGUUUAAGCCGUGCACUUGCUUGAGGAGGAGGAGGAGAGGGAGGAGGACAGGGAGGAAGAGAGGGAGAAAGGAAAGUAGGGGUGGAGUUGACGGCAACUAGGACUAGAAAGGAGCAACUUUUGGCUCUGUCCAUUGGGGAUCUGCAAAGUGUGUUCCCGCAGCUGCUUCUCUGGUUGGACGGAUGCCGGUCGGAGAUUCUUUGUGGUGGUCCUGAAAGGCGACCCUGUGCCGGAGUGAAGUCAGAACUUGGCUGUGGCUCCUCUGGCGGAAGAGGAGCAUUUAUGGGUGAUUACCUAAACUGCUUUCCCCGCUCUCUCAGUUACAGGCCUGUGUGUGCCGUCCGUGUCGGUGGAGAAACUGUGAGGGGCGGGAGGGGUGUGCUAGCAGCAGCACUUUGUGCCGAGAAGAGCGCAUGCGGUGCGCUGAGAUGUGGGUUGCCUAGAAGCUCACAGAAGGCUUCAGGAAGAUGCCAGCAUGUGGCAAAGACAGCAACUUCAGGCAUGCAGAUCGGGACAGAGGAGGCACGCAUCCAUGCCGAUGAGGAAAUGGAUACUCGUGUCCCCGGAAAUCUUGACUUCCAGAAAAGGCGCUCAAAUGGUGAGGCGGUUCGUCCCUUGGACGAGGAGGUGGUCGUGGAAAAGGAUGAGUGUGUACUUGUUGCUGCCCCAGAUGUUGAUUUCCCUCGCCCUGGCGGACUUGUAGACGGCGGACUGGCCUAUAGGGAAACGUUCCUUGUCCGCUGCUAUGAAGUCGGUGUCAAUCGAACGGCGAGCAUUGAGACCAUUGCGAACCUCCUCCAGGAGGUUGGAGCUAAUCAUGCUCAAGCUGCAGGCUUCUCGGCGGAUGGCUUUGCAACGACUCCGGCGAUGAGAGAGAAACGGCUCAUUUGGGUCACCACGCGAAUGCACAUUGAGAUGAUAACGUACCCUUUGUGGGGAGAUGUGGUGGUAGUGGAGACUUGGUUUCAGCAGGAUGGAAAAGUCAGUGUGCGUCGCGAUUGGCUUCUGCACGACGCAGGGACUGGGGCGCUCGUUGGCCGUGCUACGAGCACAUGGGUGAUGAUGAAUCAGGACACCCGGAGACUCUCGAAAAUACCCGAAGAGGUGAAGGCGGAACUGCAAGUGUACUGUCCUAGCCUUCGCCGACACGCUCUUUCGAGCAAAGAAAGCGGGAAGAAGAUUGGCAAGAUUCCUGAACCAGCGGACUUCCGCAAGUCGGGGCUGAAGGUCCGACGAAGGGAUCUUGAUAUGAACCACCACGUCAACAAUGUGACGUACAUUGGGUGGAUGCUUGAGAGCAUUCCCGGGCACGUCCAUGACGAGUACGAGCUAGAGAGUGCCACCUUAGAGUAUCGAUCCGAAUGCUUACAUGAGGAUACCAUUACAUCUCUUGCUAGUGCAGAGGGUGGAGACCAUAGCGCAACGGAUGGAACAGUGAGAGCAAGGGCGCCGGAAUGUAUGCCGAAUGGCGAAGGUGAUGCCGCGGCUGCGCUUGGAGCCGGUGCUGAUGAAGAAGGGUUGAACGCUAGUACAACGGAAGAAAAGCCAUCGGUGCAGUUCAUCCACGUGCUCGUUCUUCAGGAAGACUCAAAAGAGCUGAGUCGAGGACGGACGCUCUGGCGGAAGAAAGUUACCCGCGACUUCAGUUAGGCUGUGGGCAGCUAAUAGUGUUGGGUUGGGUACCGGACCUGGCGCUAGAAUUUGUGGUGCAGAGAAGACUGCAGUCAACAAAGAAGGUAUUCUUGCUGCGUGUCCUAACGCCCGCAUGCCAGGUUGAUGCUCACGAGGGAGCAGGCGCAUUCGAAUCGGAAGCCCGCAUGCCAGGCUGAUGCUCACGAGGGAGCAGGCGCAUUGGAAUCGGAAGCUGAGAGGUAUGGCUAGCCUCAAUCGCAAAAGUAGGCGUACUGGGUGACGGAGUAGAGUGAUUGAUGAUGUGGUUUGACAUAGUGGAGCAUAGGAUUAGGUAGGUGGAUUAAUCAUAGAGGUUUUCCUGGGCUUGUAGUUAUAAUUCGUAGCUGUAGGAGGGCCUGCUUGUUUCCGUCUUGUACACCUUUCCGUUAGUGUUUGUGAUAUAGAUCGUAUGCUCUGUAUGGAGUUAUGUUGUAGGAUGAUGGAAUUUCCAGCUGGGACCAUGUCUGUGGUCUUCGCUUAGAAAGUCCUAGCCAGACAGUGAUUGCUGUAUAUGAUUGUUAGUGCGGUGUUCGGGAAGAUGAACGCUCCCUAGUAUUUUGCCCUUCAGGAGGUAAACUGUACUUUUUAGCUCGCAGUGCCUUGCACAUUGGAGCAUGCCGGGUCUAUGAAAGCGAGGGCAGGGAUGGGGGUUAUGGUAUAAAGGGCCAUGUAUGUGGUCGUCAGUGGAAACAGUUCACGCCUGCCGUAACUUCUAUCGUCUCUGUAAUGACGGCCCGCCCAUGGCGUUCCAGUAGCAAACCUUGAUAGAGUUGAUACCUCUCCCCUGCUAUUUUUAGGAAAUAGCUAUACUGUA